CCAUCCUUCCCCCACCCGGUUUGUGUGCCCCUCCCGCUGCGACUGGCUGGGAGGCUCGACCGCCCCCGCCCCGAGAGGGAGGCGGGGGCGCUAGCUGCGGUGGCCACCCCAGGCUGCGGAGGGGAACGAGAUCCGAGGCCCCGAGGCGGCCCUGCGUCUGGACCAGGCACGCGGGGGCUGCCUCUGCACCCCCAGCCCAGGGCCGCGGGGCCUGGCCUAGCGGCGGGGCGGUGGAGCCUCCUCGACCCUGGUCGCGGGCACCCUGAGCCUUACUGAUUCUGCAGGGGGGCUCGCCCGCGGCCCCCCAUGAGCGCGCCCGGCUGACCCGCUGGGCGGCCGCGGUGGAGCCAACACGCCGCGGGGGCGGCGGGGCCAUGGCCUCGCUGGACCUGCCAUACCGCUGCCCCCGCUGCGGGGAGCACAAGCGCUUCCGGAGCCUGUCGUCCCUGCGCGCCCACCUAGAGUACAGCCACACCUAUGAGACUCUCUACAUCCUCUCCAAGACCAACAGCAUUUGCGACGGCGCCGCAGCUGCAGCAGCUGCUGCAGCCGCAGCCUCGGGCUUCCAGCUGGCGCCCGAGCCCGCCGCCCUCCUGGCUGUGCCCGGAGCCCGGCGCGAGGUCUUUGAGAGCACGUCCUUUCAGGGCAAGGAGCAGGCCGCUGGGCCGUCGCCUGCAACGCCGCACCUGCUGCACCACCACCACCACCACGCACCCCUCGCCCAUUUCCCCGGCGACUUGGUGCCCGCCAGCCUGCCCUGCGAGGAGCUGGGUGAGCCGGGUCUCGUGCCCACCGCUGCCGCACGCUAUGCGCUGCGUGAGAUAGAGAUCCCGCUGGGAGAGCUGUUCGCCCGCAAGUCCGUGGCAUCCUCUGCGUGCUCGACGCCGCCGCCAGGGCCCGGCCCAGGCCCGGCUUCGGCCUCGCCCGCCUCCCCCUCGCCAGCUGAUGUGGCUUACGAGGAGGGCCUGGCGCGCCUCAAGAUACGCGCGCUGGAGAAGUUGGAGGUGGACCGGCGGCUGGAGAGGCUGAGCGAGGAGGUGGAGCAGAAGAUUGCGGGCCAAGUGGGCCGGCUGCAGGCAGAGCUGGAGCGCAAAGCCGCAGAGCUGGAGACUGCUAGGCAGGAGAGCGCUCGACUGGGGCGCGAGAAGGAGGAGCUGGAGGAGCGAGCGUCUGAGCUCUCGCGGCAGGUGGAUGUGAGCGUGGAGCUGCUGGCCUCUCUCAAGCAGGACCUGGUGCACAAGGAGCAGGAGCUGAGCCGCAAGCAGCAGGAGGUGGUACAGAUUGACCAGUUCCUGAAGGAGACAGCAGCGCGGGAGGCUAGUGCCAAGCUGCGCCUGCAGCAGUUCAUCGAGGAACUCCUGGAGCGGGCCGACCGUGCUGAGCGUCAGCUGCAGGUCAUCAGCAGCAGCUGUGGCAGCACACCCAGUGCCAGCCUGGGGCGUGGAGGUGGGGGCAGUGGUGCAGGGCCAGGGGCCCGGGGCCCAGGCAGAAUGCGAGAGCACCACGCGGGCCCGGCCGUGCCUAACACAUACGCGGUAUCACGGCAUGGCUCUUCUCCCAGCACAGGGGCCUCCAGCCGUGUGCCAGCUGCCUCCCAGAGCUCAGGCUGCUAUGAUAGUGACAGCCUGGAGCUGCCCCGGCCAGAGGAGGGGGCACCUGAAGACAGUGGCCCUGGGGGCUUGGGCACACGGGCCCAGGCUACCAAUGGUGGCUCAGAGCGGUCCCAGGCCCCUCGAAGCUCAGGCCUACGGCGCCAGGCCAUCCAGAACUGGCAGCGCAGACCUCGCAGACACAGCACUGAGGGGGAGGAGGGUGAUGUCUCAGACGUGGGCUCCCGAACCACGGAGUCGGAGGCUGAGGGCCCCUCAGAUGUCCCCCGCCCUGGGCCUGCUAUGGCUGGGCAAGUGAGCAGCUGCCGGCUUUCAGCCCGCCCCGAGGGAAGCAGUGGACGAGGCCGUCGAGCGGAGCGGGGUAGCCCCUCACGCUCCAACGAGGUCAUCAGCCCAGAGAUCCUUAAGAUGCGAGCUGCCUUGUUCUGCAUCUUCACCUACCUGGACACACGCACACUGCUGCAUGCUGCCGAGGUCUGCCGGGACUGGCGCUUCGUGGCCCGUCACCCUGCUGUCUGGACAAGGGUGCUGCUAGAGAAUGCGAGAGUGUGUUCCAAGUUUCUGGCGAUGCUGGCUCAGUGGUGCACGCAGGCCCACUCACUGACCCUGCAGAACCUGAAGCCCCGACAGCGGGGGAAGAAGGAGAGCAAGGAGGAGUACGCCCGGAGCACCCGGGGCUGCCUUGAAGCAGGGCUGGAGUCCCUGCUGAAGGCAGCUGGGGGGAACCUGCUGAUCCUGCGCAUCUCCCACUGUCCCAACAUCCUCACCGACCGUUCACUCUGGCUGGCCAGCUGCUACUGUCGUGCCCUGCAGGCUGUCACCUACAGGUCCUCAGACAAAGGCACCCAAGAGCUCUGUGACCUAAGGGAAGGAAGGAUUGACAGGGGCAGAAACCACCAGGAUGAGCUACUCCAGCCUUGUCUUUUCAACAGGAGUGCCACAGACCCAGUGGGCCACGAAGUUAUUUGGGCUCUGGGUGCAGGCUGCAGAGAGAUUGUCUCCCUCCAGGUGGCACCUCUUCACCCCUGCCAGCAGCCCACGCGCUUCAGUAACCGCUGCCUGCAGAUGAUCGGUCGCUGUUGGCCCCACCUCCGGGCUCUGGGGGUUGGGGGCGCCGGCUGUGGGGUGCAGGGCCUGGCAUCACUUGGGCCUGCCUUCUUCCUCUUCCUAGCAAGAAACUGCAUGCGGCUGCAGGUCCUGGAGCUGGACCAUGUGUCAGAGAUCACCCAGGAGGUGGCAGCUGAGGUCUGCCGGGAAGGCCUGAAGGGACUAGAGAUGCUGGUACUCACGGCCACCCCUGUCACUCCUAAGGCCCUACUGCAUUUCAACAGCAUUUGUCGGAACCUCAAGUCCAUUGUGGUCCAAAUUGGAAUUGCUGAUUAUUUCAAGGAGCCCAGCAGCCCUGAGGCUCAGAAGCUAUUUGAGGAUAUGGUGACAAAACUCCAGGCCCUGCGACGAAGGCCUGGCUUCUCUAAGAUCCUGCACAUCAAGGUGGAAGGCGGCUGCUAACCCGGGGGGCAGGGGGUGGCAGGGCACCUGCCAGCCCCACACCAAGGCAUUAUUUGUACCUCCAGAGGGAUCCUGGUUUGGACUAGACCUUUGGAGGCCUAGUGUUAUCCCAGCUUCCAGGGAGGGGUUGAGUAUCCUGUCCUACUGGAACAGCAGAGCAACAGGUCUGACCCAAGGCAGGGGCUUGGACAGAAGCUGCCCUCUGACCCCCACCCUAUCCCCGCUGGAGCAGACUUCUGGCACAGCCAGCGAGGAGCUGUCACCACCAGCACUGGUGUCUUCACUCGGAGGAUCUGCAAUAACUACCAGUGGCUCCUCAGCUGCUCAGGCAGGCCUGUCUUUCCUGAGGCUCCAGCCCCCGGGGACCCCACAAGGCAGCUCAGACUUGGCAGGGAGGGCUCUUCUCUCCUACCUGUUUCACCCAUUCUCACAACUUGCCUGGGCCCUGGGUCUACACUCUCCAGGGAUAACCCAGGCAGGUCUAGGGACCUAGGUACAGUCAUUAAAAAGCUGGUGGCAGGAUUGGAAGGAAAAAAGUUACCUAGAACUUUUCCCCAGAAUGAGACCACUCCUCCCAAGGUGGGCACAAAAGGGGAUGGGGGUGGCUGCUGCUAGGUGGAGAAAACUUACUUUUUCCUGUAAGAAAGGCUCCCCUACCCAGACACACACACUCCAGAGUGAAACUCAGAGCUAAAAGGUGCAUGUUUCUAUACCUACCAAUCACUCUCAAGAAAUCGAAGGGAGGGUGAAGGUGCCAGCCCUGGGAGGCCUGCCUGUAGUGAGAAGGAAUUUCCUUUUAAUCCAGGUGCUUGGGCAGGAAUCUGAUGGCCUUUGGGUCCCGGCUAUCUGGGAGUGGGGCACUGGGCUGCCCACUGUGCUGGGUCCUAGAGGAGGGUGGUUGACUUUGCUUCCUGUCUAAUUAGCUUGCUUGAGGAUGUGGCUUUGGCAAGGACAGACCUAGGGCCAAGGAAGAGGUAGAGCAUCCUAACAGACUUGCCCCUUCCUCAGUCUCCACCAGCCACAGGCUAAGGCUGCAGCUGGGGUCUUCUGCCUCAGGGCUUAGAAGCCACAGAAUGCCACUGGGGGUUUUCACUGGCCCUUGCACAAUCCCCAGAGGAUCAGGUUCUGGCACCAAGGUCACCCCAGUUUAUCCCCUCAGAUUUACCACAGUGAUGCAAAGGCUGGGGGGUCCUGCCAACCUAUUUGGACAGUUCUUCCCAACAUGACCUAAAUCCAUCUUAGGGUUUUCUUCACUCCUGUAUAAGAUCAGUUCCCAGCCUUGCCAUUAGGCUGUUGGUCCUGACUGGAUCUGGGAUUCUCAUUUCCCAGGCUUUUCCAGGGACCCAAUUCUGCUGCCACUUGGCUUGAACAUCUAGCCCAGCGCUGGGUCACCUUGUAAAAGUUCUCUAGAACUGUACCCCGAUGCCUGGCCUCAGCAGUGCUCCCAGCAGCCCCAGGUGUCCUGGCUUCUCAUCAUUGCUUUGACUUUUCCUCCUGUGGCCUGCUAUGUUCCUGCCCUUGGAAGACCUGGGCUACCAAGGGUGUCAUGUCAGCAUCCCUCUGUCCAGUCCUGCACAAAGCCUUGGCUGUGUGUAGCACCACACCGCCACUCCUAGUCCCUGCAGCUGCCUCCAUUAGCUCCCGCCUCCCCAGUCCUGUCCCUAAGAGAUACAGGAAAGAGCAGCACAACUUUCUCUUUUCCAAGGGCCUGGGAGGGAAGUCAAGGUCUACUCAGGCCCUUGCUUCCCUUGGGUACAUCUGCCUUGUCAUACCAACUGUACCCCUGUGGCCUUUGCUCCUUAUGACUCGAGGACCAAAGUGCCACCCUCCCUGUCUUCUGGACAAAGCACAAAGGGAUCUCCUGCUUGGUCUAAGCCUGCCCAACAUAAGGGUUUUCUGUGCCCCAGAGAGCCUCCAUCACUGAGUACAAGGCUCUAGGCAAUUUCUCCCUGAGUGGCACUCACUGGAGUACCUGGCAUCAGCCUUGGGAAAGAUCAGGUGGCAAAAGCAGUAAGCUCAGUGGAAGGGUGCUGAUGCUAGUCACAGGCUCCUUCACUACGCUAUUCACAUAACAGCACUGCAUACCACCAGCACUAGGGGCAGAAGGGUGAACAGGCCCCCUCUCCUGCCCGGUGAAGUUGGCCUUCUCACAGGUGUUUCCAGGAAACCCACCAAGUUCAUCCAGUAUUUUCGGGUUAUGUGAGUGAGAACUGUGUGGGAGUACAUAUGGCACAGGCCCAAGCCCUUGUCAAUGCAAAUGACAAGUCACAGUGUAUCCCUUGCACACCCACCCCUGGACUGGCAGCCUUGUAUGCCCUGGCCUUUGUGUAUGCUGAGAACCAGCAGCUUCCUGCCUCCUACCUUGAUGCUAUUCGUUUCCUCUGGGGAUGAGCCAUGCUGCUGGACAGGAAACCUACUUGCUUGGGUGCUCCAUUUAUUCACUUCCAUGGCAACCAUUCAGCUGGGGCCAAGGAGGGAAACCAGAGGGCCUGUCUUCCAGAAGUGUUUCAUCUCACCUUCACUUCCUAAAAGGGAGCCCUUAAUCUCAUACUUUAUAGGAUGCAAAAAAAAGGAAUAAUGACAUUUUGCUUACCAAGGCAGGCCCUGCUCCAAGGACCCCAGGUCAAUGGAGAGAUCCCAAGGUGCCAUCUAAUGUCCUUUGCACUUCAACACAUAUAGCCUGGCCCCAACACCUGGAAGGUGGGCACAUUUGGCCUGAGUACUUCAUGCUUUAUUCCAGCUGCUUUCCCUCAGCACUGGCAAACAGUAAAGAUGCAUAAUACAUACCCCUACAGGGGAAAGUGGGCUGCCCAAGACCCCUGCUUUUCAUUAGCCAGAAAGACCACCCAGAGAGCAUGACCUCUAAUGUUUUCUUAGCCCUGAUGGCAGAAGUUGAAUCAGUCUCUCAGGAAUUGCUUCAAAAAAAAAAAAGAGACACCUCCUGCCCCAGGCCUGCUGCUCUAACAUGUGGCUCUGUCCUUUGCCUUUGGAUCCUGCCUAUCCCCCUGGUCUCGAAUCCUUUGGAAACAGGUGGGGGAGCCACCAAGGCCCCAAUCCCUCUAAGGCGCUAAGUUGAAGGAGACCCUCCCAGAGUGACUAUUGGUGCCAAAGACCCAGUUCCUGGUGAAUUUGGAGUGGAAACAGGAGGUGAGUGGGGUAUGGUCGAAGUGCCCAGAGGAGUUAACUCCCACCCAUGGGAUCUGUCCUGGCCUGCCAAUCCCUGAGAAGUGUUGACUUCCCUCCUCCAGGGUCUUGGCACUUCUCUUGACCCCUGGUGGCCAUGCUUUCUCACCCAGCCUUGUUCCAGGCCUGCUUUCCUGUACAUAUUGCUGUGUAUCGUGUGUAUGUAUCGAUUCCUGGACAAGUGUGUUCAUCUGCAGCCCUUGCCUGAGGAUAAGGCUUAGGGUUGGGUGAAGAUCAGAAUACCAGGCUUCCCUCCCCAACUCCUUGGGACUUUGGCCAGUCCCAAGACUGCCCUGACAAUCAGGCAGGCUCCCACCACAAGGCCAAGCCUUUCCUGUCACCACAGCACAGCCCCAGGGAGGCUUGGAAUGGGGCCACCAGCCUAAGCUCUGCCCCAGCAGUGGUCUUGUACCUAGGGGCAGAGGCCUGAAGUGACUCAGGCUUGGCCUGGGAUGGUGCCAGUAGGCUUGGCUCUAGGGGGCCUGCUGGUGGGGACCUCCACAACUGGCCUCUAGGCCCCGCCUUCCCCACACAGCCAGGCUGCAAGGACCUGAGCUGUGUGAGAGGUAGCUUCCCCUACCCCAAGCACACCAGGCAGAGGGGUGGAGAGCAACUUUUGGUUUUAUUUCUAAAGUGGUGCCUGUACCUCCAGCCCCCAGGGGGCCUUCCCUGGCCCCACUUCUCUGCCCUAUCCAGGCAUUGCCAUCCUAGCACUUUGCUCCAUGUUACCCAUAAAUGCCCUUUGCCGAAUGUACCUGAGUGUAUGUAUUUAAAAGGACUCAUAUGGGCAUCAGAGAAUUUAUGGCUCUGUAUCCAAUAAAAGAUGGUGAAACUGGUGUAUCUA